AUGUCGGUCAUAGAAAUCACUUCUGAGGAUCAGCUCACAAACCUCACCACCGCCGACCCAACACGGUUGGUGGCUCUCUACUUUCACACGCCGUGGGCUGCGCCCUGCCAAACCAUGAACUCGGUCAUGAAAACAUUGGCCCAGGCUAACCCCGAAGUUGCUUUUCUCUCGAUAAACGCGGACGACCAGCUGGACAUCAGCGAGCUUUUUGAAGUCUCGGCAGUGCCAUACAUAAUCUUGACCAGAAACCAGACAAUCUUGAUGGAAUUGAGUGGCGCAGACCCCAAGGAGUUCAUUGCCGCCUUGAAACAGUUUGGUGGCUCGUCUUCUUCUUCCGCCACAAGCGCCGAGCUUGCUGCAGGAAAUUCCGGCGAUGCUCCAGUGGCCACUCCCAAGGAAAAAGAAGAGCCAACUGCCGAAGAACUCGAGGAGAGAUUGAAGAAGCUCACGUCUGCUGCGCCGGUCAUGCUUUUCAUGAAAGGCGCCCCCUCCGCUCCACAGUGCGGCUUCUCGCGCCAGAUUGUGGCGAUGUUGAGGGAAAAUCAGGUCAGAUUUGGCUUCUUCGACAUCUUGAAGGACGACGUAGUGAGACAGGGCUUGAAAGCCUUUUCCGACUGGCCCACGUUCCCACAACUAUACAUCAAUGGCGAGUUCCAGGGUGGCUUGGACAUCAUCAAGGAGCUGCUUGAGGAAGACUCUGACUUCUUUGCCAACGCUGUGGGUGCAUGA